ACUGUUGUUCUGGUGCUCGAGUCGGUGACACGUUCUGUAGAAGAAAGCAAACAAUCUCAUGACUUACUAUAAGCUGUGAACGUGGCAUAGAAAACUUAUUUACGUAUGUGUUAAGAUACGUGCCCCUAGAACAAAGACGAAGACUCCUUCGUGCACCACCAUGGCUCCCGUGCUGCCCUGGGUGUAUAUUGUGUGUGUGGUAUUAGGAGGCACGCUGGGACAACGCCUCACUGGAACCUGAAUUUGGACUUUCAGUUCGUCCAGUUUUCUCCUCGUCAGUAUAUAUUGCAAAGGACCCACAGAUAUCUGAGGACCUGCCAGUGGAGGAGGACCAGGUGGCGGGAGAGAUCCAGGCAAAAGAAUGCGAAAUCUUUAACACCACAGAAUUUGGACGUGGCCUUCAUGAACUUAAGAUUGUGCCAAGAAAGUUCUUCUCCUUUUUUGUGAAGCCGGAUUCUUCUUUUAAGAGACUCGUGUUCAAGCUAACUCUACAGAACGCCCUGUACAUUUCACAUGAAUUUUACUCAGAUGAAGACCUCACGCUCGACGUUGAGGACCUGACUCAUUCGGAAGGCAACCAGUGGACAGAAGUGAAAGUAGAGCAUUACCAGCACAGGCGACGAGGAUUUGAUCGCCACGCCUUUAAGAUAUCCUUUGGCGACACAACGCUGCGCCGCGUGACGACCGAUUCGUGGCUUAUAAAGGGUUUCCAAGACUUCACCAUGUUCGUCGAGGGAGGCGCCAUGUUCCUCUUCAACUGUGACCCAGAAGAUCUCAACAGACCUCCGGUAGGAGGCCACGUGAUGUACAGCAUGUGGGUGAUGGUGGGACUCAUGAUCGUGGCCACGUUCCUGCUGGCUGCUCUGUGCUACGUGUGGAUUUACCUGAAGUAUCAAAGAAAGAAACACGCCUCAACCAAAGAAUAUCCGAUUUAUGAUGAGUUUGACGAGGAGGUUAUGGAACGGGUCAGGCAGAAGGUCGAGGCUCUUCGAAAUGGCAAGCAUGUGGCUGAUCCGGACACGGUGGUCGUCAGCUACCCGCCGCGCAAGGAAAACCUCUACGUGGUGGACAUGUCAGGAUAUGGAGAGACGGAAGGAGUCCGUCCCGAGGAGCACCAUUAUGAAGAUAUUGAGAAGUACUACAAACAUUUGAGCGUUACAGAUAAUGUGUACUAUAAUACGGAUGAUAAUGUUUAUUGUCGGUCUGCCGUUGACAAUAUUUACGAGACUCUUCCGUGUUGUGAGGACUAUGAGGGAGAGCGAGACGAGGCCAGAGAGGUUACGCGUUACUAGGUAGUAGAUAGAAUUCUCCCCUCAUGCCUGAUGGACCGGGCUUCGCUACCUCACCUCCUUCAGCACACUCGGCCGCCUUUCACUUUCAUUGAGGACACUGGGACACUGUUGCAGCAGCCUGACACAGUAAACACUACGAGCAACAGAUGCUUGUUUGUUUCAGCAGCAAAUCCUGUAUUCUAAUGAGCCACAUGUAUGCUUCAUUUUCAUAAUAAACUAUUUCAUGAGAUAGA